UCUUCACAACCAUGUCCAAUCGUCGCGUCUAUAUCGGUCAUCUACCCCCUAACGUCACAAAGACUGAUGUCGAAGAUGUCUUCAAAGGACUAGGUCCCAUCCUGGAUGUUCGUAUCUUGGGCAAUUACGGUUUUGUCGAAUUUGAAUCUUCUCGUGACGCAGAAGACGCCCUAAGAGACUACAACGGUGUUUCCCUCCUCGGUGAAAAUAUCAUCGUUGAAGCUCCCCGUGAGAGACGUAGGGACGCUUACGGUCCUGGCGUCGGAGGGUAUAGAGGUGGGGAUGCACCGCCUCGUGGACCACCGAGAAGGGGCGUGAGAAUCAACGUUGUUGGAAUUCCCGGCAGCACGAGUUGGCAGGAUCUCAAAGACUACGGUCGUCUCGGAAGCAACAUGGUGACCUACGCCGAUGUUGAUAGGUACAAUCCUGGCGUUGGGGUGAUCGAAUACCCCACUAUGGGAGAAGCGGAAGAAGCCAUGAGUCGUUUGGCCGGUGUCGACAUUAAUGGACAGCCUGUCAGGCUCGAGCUCGCUCCAGCAGGUGCCGGUGGUGACGACCGUGACCGUCGUCCUCCCCGUGACUAUGAACGUCCAAGGUACGACGACCGCGGUCCUCCCAGACGAGACUAUGGGGAUUCUUACAACCGCGGUGGUGACUCUUACUCUCGAGGAGGGGGGGAUCAUUAUGGUGGUCGUUCUUCGGGUCGAUACGAUCCUCCUCGAAGGGAUCAUGACCGUGAGCGUGAACCGUACAGGGAAAGAGACAGGGCUAGGAGUCCCAGGAGGGAAGAGAGGUAUGAUCGUUCAUCUGAAUAUAAGAAUGGGGGUUAUUGAAUCUGACAACGGUAAGGUAGGUCAGAGAUCGAUCGAGAUAUGUCCGGCGAUGAGAGAGGGAGAUAACCUAUCUGUGGAGUUGAGGAAGGAACUUUGAGAGAAUGCAACAUUGAAUUGAUGCG